UACAGAAUAAAAAUGAUCGUAGCAUGGGACAAUUAUUAUCCGAUAAUUUUUUGAACAUUUGGGGUAUAUUUUGUCAACAGGGACUGGCAGAUUUUCCAAAUAGAUCUUCAUUAAGAAUAGUAUACUUCUCUAUAAUUUUAUUGGCGACCAUCUUGUCGGCAGCAUAUUCUGCAUCUUUCAUUAGCUUUUUGACGGCCGGUAUUCACAUUUUACCUUUUCACUCAUUAGAGAGUUUUGUUGAAGACGGUACUUAUAAACUUUCCGUUCUUCGCGAUGGGGCUGAUUAUGAUUUAUUCGCAAAUUCGAAUGAUCCCCUUGAAAAGGAAAUGAUGAAGUUGAUGCUGAACCAUGAUGAAUUGUCAACAAAUAUACUUGAUGGAUUCAUACAGGUUUGUGAAAAUCCUAAACUGGCACUAUACUCAACCAACAUAUUAAGGGAUACUGUAUUUCUCGAAAUACCAUGUAAAAUUAUUGCUGUUGAUACGGGACGUGUAGACAGAUCGUCAAUGAUUUUAUCUAAGGACAAUCCGUUUACCGACGUUAUUAAUUUUCACUUAUUGAAAUUUAUCAACAGUGGUAUGAAUAAUCGGCUGAAAGAUUUAUCAUCCGAAAAAAAAUUCUAUGAUAGGAUUCAACAACAAUCGAUUGGUAUUAACAACGUAAUAUCCCUUAUUUUCUUCAUUCUAAUUGGUAUAAUAUUCAGUACUUUAAUUUUAUUCGUAGAAAAGUAUUUUUUUGACUCGUAAGAUAGAAAAGAGGUUUAGUUUUACGUACAUCUUCAUUAAAUUGUCUGGAUUUUAUUAUGUUCAAAAGAUUUUAAUGUUAUACGAAAAAGAACUCGUUCACGUGUGAGGUAUCAAUCAUAAUUCUGACAUAUAUUGUCGAAGAAUAUUUAUAUCUUUAUCGUUAUUUUUCUAUUGGAAUACGGAAAUGUAUUCUAGUUGGAAAACGUAUUUAUAUGGAUAUAAUCUGAACUUUUGGAUUAUUCAACACGAUUUUGUAUUUGAA